UUCCCCAGAAAUAUUCUAGUAAUACAAUGGGGAGAUAAUUAAUUAAUGUUCGUUUAUACAAAUAUAAAUAUGCCAACUUUCUUCCAAGUUCAGAAAAUAAGGAGAAGUUAAGGUUUCGCUUUGACUUGUUGGUGUUUGAAACUGAAGGGCCAUGGCUUCAGGAUCCAAAUCAGUAGCCUCGAUCCUCUUGGCACUGAAUCUUGUGCUGUACUUCAUUGUGCUUGUGAUUGCUUCUUGGGCAGUGAAUCAUGGGAUUCAAAGGUCUGGUGAAACAGCAUCUGUUUUGUCCAUUCCGGCUCGAAUAUUUCCGAUAUAUUUUCCGAUGGGAAACAUGACGACUGGUUUCUUCGUGAUAUUGUCUCUGAUUGCUGGUGUUGUGGGCUUCACCACCUCUCUCACUGGACUCAAUAACAUUUUCCAGUGGGAUGCUCCCAACUUACAUGCUGCAGCCAUGUCUUCACUCACUACAUGGGCACUCACUCUAUUAGCCAUGGGAUUUGCUUGCAAAGAGAUUGAACUUGGAUGGACUGACUCAAACCUGCGCACCUUAGAAACAAUCACGAUAAUUGUAAGCGCAACUCAACUGCUAUGCACGGGAGUUAUCCACGUUGGUAUUUCAGAAGUUGUUCCUCCCAGAAUUGGAAGAGUAUGAGUUUCAGUUCUGGUGUCGUAUAUAUCAUGGCAUGCAUAUCAAUGCUCUCUGUUUUAGCAACUGAAAUUACUUUUUUCUUAUGUAAAAGAUGUUCAUAUGAUGACUAUUUGCAUCAUGGUAUGUUAUUAAUUUAGUUUUUUCAAUUUGUAUCA